AUGAAGGAGAAGGAGCGAGUGGAUGCGCAGGUCUUGGAGUCCAUGAAGCAGAUCUUCCACGACGCGGAUACGGACAAAUCUGGGCAGCUGGACAAGGACGAGCUGCGGACCUCUUUCAGCAACUUCAGGGUGCGGGACCGCCUGAGAUUGCUUCGCAUCCCCUUCAAGGAUCUCGAGAUGCUCUUUCAAAUCUUGGAUGAUGAGAGCAGCGGCCAGGUCAACGCGGACAGGUUCUUCCGCGGGGUGCAGCGGCUGCGCGGCCAGGCGGCGGCCUGCGACCUGCACCAGAUGUCCGUAGACCUCAAUCGCCGGCUUUCCUGGUGCGAUAUGCAUCAGAGUCAGGUGAAUUAUUUGAAUGACCACCUGGCAGAGCUUGUGGAUACUAUGGAUGACAUGGACGGCGCCGUGGUCCGCAGUGACCAUGAUGAGAAGGACCCAGUCCUGAUGUCCAAGAGGGGCCGCAACAAGUUCGUGAAGUCUGAGCAGCUCCGGGGUAGAGAGUUCAAAGAAGGCCUGAUGCCCAAGAAGAGCUACGAUCCUUGGGAGGAGAUCAAGAAGCAAGAGUUUUUGCAGCGACGAGCCGAGAGGCUGCAAAAGGAUGAGCCGCAGCCUACCAGGGAAGAGAAGCGGAAGGAAGCAGAGAGGCAGGAGUGGGCAGCAAUCCAAGAGGCCAAAGCGGAGAAACAUCGCAGGAAGGAAGCCAGGAAGAACCAGCCGCCGCCUCCGCCGUUGCCCUUCCAUUUGCAGCGUGUCAAGGAGGAGCAAGUGAAAGUGAAGGAGAAGCAGCGAAUCGACAAGCUGCGGCGCAUCGCGGCAGAGGCCGGCACAUGCCUGGCAAGAAGGUAA